AAUAAAAAUCUUUUAUUGAUCUGUGGUUGGACAAAGUGGCGCGUAUACAAAAUUAUUUUUUUUACACUGUGCGAGCAUCCGAAGUGCGGACUGCGAAGUGCAUGUUAUGAGAAACACAUGCGGAUUAUAUUUAACAACCUAAACAAUUAACGACCCCUGUGAAAGGUCAAGUGGUAUUGAACCCAGCUGUUUUAUUACUAGAUCAGUUUCAUAUUAUUCAUUGAACUGUCAACAUGGCUUCCAAUGGAACAUUGGCUCUCUUGAGCGUCUCCGAUAAGACCGGGUUACUUCCACUUGCGAAGUAUCUCUCAGAGAUUGGACUUACCCUAGUUGGAAGUGGAGGUACAGCAUCAGCUCUCCGAAAUGCUGGUCUUAAGGUUUUGGAUGUGUCAGAUAUUACCGGUGCUCCUGAGAUGCUGGGUGGAAGAGUCAAGUCUCUCCAUCCAGCCGUCCAUGCUGGUAUUUUGUCCAGGUUAACAGACUCGGACCAAGCCGAUCUGAAACGUCAAAAGUAUGACAUGAUAAGCGUUGUUGUAUGCAAUCUGUACCCAUUCGUUGAGACGGUGUCAAAACCGAAUGUAACCAUUGCCGAUGCUGUGGAAAACAUUGACAUUGGUGGUGUAACGUUAUUGAGAGCGGCAGCUAAAAAUCAUGACAGAGUCACUGUUAUUUGUGACCCCACAGACUAUGAUAAGGUUAUCAAUGAGUUGAAGAACAGCAAGGAUCGCCAGACAUCGCCGGAUACUAGGCAAAGAUUGGCAUUAAAGGCUUUCACGCACACUUCACAAUAUGAUACAGCUAUAUCCGAUUAUUUCCGUAAGCAGUAUUCCGCUGGAGAAUCUCAGUUAACCUUAAGAUACGGGAUGAACCCCCACCAGAAACCCGCACAGGUGUUUACAACCCGCGAUAAAUUACCGCUAACAACAUUAAAUGGCGCGCCCGGGUUUAUUAACCUUUGUGACGCAUUGAACGCUUGGCAAUUGGUGAGCGAGCUGAAGGAAGCCUUGGGGUUGCCAGCCGCGACUAGCUUCAAGCAUGUGUCGCCCGCUGGGGCCGCUGUAGGGUUCCCACUUUCCGAAGAAGAGGCAUCGGUGUGUAUGGUGCGUGAUUUGCUUCCAAAACUUACGCCACUAGCGUGCGCGUACGCACGUGCGCGUGGUGCCGAUCGAAUGUCUUCAUUCGGCGAUUUCAUAGCGAUAUCAGAUGUAUGUGACGAAAUCACCGCGAAAAUUAUAUCACGAGAAGUUUCGGACGGUAUCGUUGCUCCGGGUUACAGCCCCGAGGCCCUAGCCAUACUAAGCAAGAAGAAAGGUGGAAACUACUGUGUGUUACAGAUGGACCCCAGCUUUACUCCAGAUCUAAUGGAGCAGAAGACGAUCUUUGGCCUCACUCUAGAACAGAGGAGGAACGAUGCCAAUAUCACGUCUGAUUUAUUCAAGAACAUUGUGACCAAGAAUACGAAGUUACCAGAGAAUGCUUUGAGGGACCUUGUGGUGGCCACGAUCGCUCUCAAAUACACGCAAAGUAAUUCGGUCUGUUACGCCAGAGACGGACAGGUGAUAGGUAUUGGUGCUGGUCAACAAUCCCGCAUCCACUGCACCAGACUGGCAGGCGGCAAGGCUUCCCUGUGGUGGAUGAGGCACCACCCACGUGUUCUCGCCAUGAACUUUAAGGCUGGCGUCACUAGGGCGGUUCAGGCAAAUGCUAUUGACAAUUAUGUUAGUGGUACAAUUGGGUCAGAUCUGCCCUUCGACCAAUGGAACAGUCUCUUCGAAGGCGCUCCGCCCGCUCUACUAACUGAUGCAGAACGCGAAGAGUGGGUCAAAAAGAUGGACAAAGUCGCACUCGCAUCUGACGCUUUCUUCCCAUUUAGAGAUAAUAUUGAUAGAGCUGCACAGGUUGGUGUGGAAUACAUCGGAAGCCCGGCGGGCUCAAACAAUGAUCAAGAAGUGAUAAUGGCCUGUGACGAACAUAAAAUCACUCUUGCGCAUACUACGCUACGACUAUUCCACCAUUAAGAUUCGUUAGUUAUAAGAAUCCAGUAUAAUCGAUAGUUCUUGAAAUAUCACUACGCAAUACGUUUUUCAGUAUAUAUUUAACUUGGUGUAUGUAUUGUAUACGUACUAAAGAAAUCAUUGUAUUGUUUUGUUAUAUAUAUUUUUGAUAAUUUUAGGUAUUUUUAUUAAGUAUCGAAAUAUAAAAUUAAGUUUUAUCUGACAUUCCGUUUUAGGGUGAUUUUCAGAAAAGAUUUGGGACGCAGAAUCAAACACGUAUUUUACAUGGUCUCGUUUUUGAAUCUGAACCUUAAAGUGCAAUAAAGUUUAAGAAUAUAAA